CGUCCUCUGAUUGGCCAGACGAAUCGGGAGUGACGCGCCGCAGUGGCGGAGAAUCACACAGCAGUACGAAUCCACUGCGCUCAUGGCAUCAAGGAGAAUGGAGACCAAACCAGUGAUAACCUGCCUCAAAACACUGCUUAUCGUCUAUUCCUUCGUGUUUUGGAUCACGGGGGCGGUCCUGUUGGCAGUGGGACUAUGGGGGAAGUUCAUUUUGGGUCCAUAUAUCUCUCUGAUUGCUGAAAACUCCACAAAUGCCCCAUUUGUGCUCAUCGGAACCGGGACUACCAUCAUUGUGUUCGGACUGUUUGGAUGCUUCGCCACUUGCCGUGGGAGCCCAUGGAUGCUCAAGCUGUAUACCAUGUUCCUGUCUCUGGUUUUCCUGGCAGAACUGAUUGCUGGCAUCUCAGGGUUUGUUUUCCGUCAUGAGAUCAAAGGCACCUUUCUAAGGACGUACAAUGAGGCCGUGGAAGACUAUAAUGCUCAGGAUGAGCGAAGCAUUGCUGUGGAUAAUGUCCAAAGGAAUUUGCGUUGUUGUGGUGUUCUGAACUACACUAGCUGGUUCUCCAGCGUUUAUUUCCCUGCCAACGGAAUUCCACCCAGCUGCUGUGCCAACAUUUCUGACUGCAACAUCUCAGACUUGAGAAACACCACCAUAGCAGUCACUAAAGUCCACCAACAGGGCUGCUACAAACUAGUGACGUCCUUUAUUGAGACUAACAUGGGCAUUAUCGCUGGAGUUACAUUUGGCAUCGCAUUCUCGCAGUUGAUCGGGAUGCUGCUGGCUUGCUGUCUGUCACGAUUCAUCACUGCCAAUCAGUACGAGAUGGUGUAGCGGCGUGGGCACAGGUAUAGACGACGUACGACACCUUGGAAAGGGAAAGCAACCCAAAAAUGCUAGCACACUCCAUUUUUUUCUCCUCCUCCUUUAUGUCUCUUUUUAUUCUCUCUUUAUCUUUCAGGCUGUCUUUCCAGGCUUCUAUCGCUUGUGCAUCAUUCCUUAAUUGUGCGGUUGUGUCAUGACCGAAGCCUCUCUUUUCUUAACUUUAACGCCAGACUGGGAAACGGAAAUGGUUUUUGAGGCACUUCUGUGUCUGUAUUUUACUCUGUACAAAGGCUUGCAUGCAGAGACCAUCUCACGCCAUAGACUAGAACUAAAAUCAACUGCAUUUUUAUUUGUGUGUCCAAACCAGCCGCAAUCGCAACGAUGACUCGGUAUCGAUUGGUUUUUGUCCAGUGCUUUUUCAAGAUGUUUUUGUAUUUAACCAGCCGCGAUAGCAACAAACAAUGCGCAAAGGCUUGGGGUUCAAAUUUUGUCGUAUUGAAUUUGGCAGCCCCAGUCACGGUGAAUUCUCACUGGUCCAAAAUCCAGCUCUUAACAGUUGUACAUUACACAUUAAAUGUUCUAUUGGCUGUGGUUUUGUCGUUUCGCACAAUGUUUUCAGUGCUGUGGGCCGAUAAACCGCCGUGUUAAUUAACCCCUAGAAAGUCACUUCAAUGCACAUUUCUUACUUGUGUGCUGCUUUUUUGGAGAGGAAAUCAAUUAAAAAAAAAGAACAAAAAUAAAAAGUUGUUGCUGUUGUAAAAUCUUUGGCAAUGAAAUUUUUUUUUUGUCUCCUUAAAUUUCGUUUUUCUUCGCAAUACCAGGUUGAAAGUCUUGUUGAACUUGAUUCUUGGUAAAGUUACGCAAAAACGGUCAAUUCUGCCGUGUUCGUGACCGUCAAAAGCAAACUGCCUUCUGCCACAUACGUCAAUGUCUGUACACAAUUUGUCGACGUUUACACUAAAGUGAAGCCCUGAGGCUAACGAUACUUUUUGGUGUACAGUUCGGACUACUACCUAAACUCUGUUUAAUUGGCGAUUGUAUUUCUCAGUCUUUGGGUUGUAGUGACAAUUUUACAUCGUAUCUCUCUCGUGGACUGUCGACACACUGCAUUUUCUCUUUUGUGUAGUCUCUUUUAGCAUUUAUGGUAUUCACACUUUACAGUUCAGGGAGCAGGCAUUAUUUCCAGUUAUAUCAAUAAACAUAGUGCCAAGAAUAAAUAUGUGAACCCUUUGGAAUUUGCUGGUUUUCUGCAUUAAUUGGUCAUACAAUUUCAAUUAAAGUCUCAAGUAUAGACAAACACACACUGUAGUGCUGAAGCUAACAACAGAGACGGUUAUAAUCAUUCAUGUCUUUAUUGAAAACAUCCCAUUAAACACUCAAAGUGCUGUGGAAAAAGUAAGUGAACCCUCGAUGAUAGCAAGGGUCCCAAAUCAUGUUGGUAUGCGGUGCUCUUUUACACCAUACGUAGUGCUGCGUGUUCUUCCCAAACAAUUAAACUUUAGUUUCAUCAGUCCACAAAACAUUUUCCCAGUAGCGUUGUGGAGUGCCAGUGUGGUCUUUGGCAAACUUUAGGCAUGCAGCGAUGUUUUUGUUGGAAAGUGGCAGCUUCCUUCCUGAUGUCCUGCCAUGGACACCAUACUGGUUUCAUGUUUAACAUAAAGUAGACUCACGAACAGAGAUGUUAACCAGUUCCAGUGAAACCUUCAAGUCUUUAGCAGUCACUCUAGGGUUAUUUUUGACCUCAUUGAGUAUUCUGCGGUGUCCCUUUGAGCCAACUUGGCUGGACGGCCACUUCUAGUGAGAGUACCUAUAGUACUAAAUCAUCCCCAUUUAUAGACAGUUUGUCAAACUGUGGACAGAUGAAUAUCUCAACCCUUUCCAGUUUUAUACUAAGCAACAAUUCUUGAUCGUAGGUCUUCUGAGAUCUCAUCAAAUGUCAAAAUGUUUGAGUGCUUUUUAUAAAUCAAAGUAGCUCUAACCCACACCUCAGAUCUCGUUUCUUUAAUCGGAUGCCAGGUUUGCCAACUCCUGACUCUAAUUAGCUUUUGUUGACAUCGUUGGCAUAUGGGGUUUACAUACUUUUUCCAACCUUCACUGUGAAUGUUUGAAAGACGUAUUCAAUAUGUACAAGCACAAUACAAUAAUAUGUGUGUUAUUAGUUAAAACUGAUUGUGUUUGUUCAUUCUUGUAACAAAGAUGAAGAUCAAACCACAAUUUUAUACAGAAAUUCAGGCCAUUCCAAAGGGUUCACAUAUUUUAUCUUGCCACGGUGGGUGAAUGUCUGCAUGAGAAGAUAAUGAGAUUUUUGGUAUGAGAAAUAAUAUUUCUAAGAAAGGAUGGUAUAUUGUAAAAAACUAAAAAACAACAAAAACAGACCCUUUUAAUCAAAGUCGUUUAACAGCCGUUAGAUCUUCAAGAAACGUUUUACCUUUCGUCAAAUCUGGUCUGUAAAAGAGCUUUAUUUUUAUUGCAAAUUGUCUUGUAAUUUAUUACCAACUACAAUGUAAUAACUGGAUUAUAGACAAAUGGAAAUAUGCACGUGAAAUAAGAUGGGACACUUUCAUUUAUGGCUGUGAAUAAAGUGUAACACACAUAAAUCAAAGAUUUUCUGGAGAAUCGACACAGAAAGUUCGUUUAUUUUGCAACGUGUUUUGUCGGUUCACUAUUUUGAAUGCCUGAAAUUGUUGGACCCCUGAUUUCAAUCCCAAGAGCCAAUCUUUAGAGAGCUCUGUCAUUUAUUUAUUAUCAUUUUAUCUUAGAUAUGUGUUAUAAAUACUGCUUUCCAUUCAAAUGAAUUGUUCUGUGAGGUACUGGUAACAAAUUCACAUUUAAACGUGUCCGUGUGCAUGGUUUCUUUUUCUAAUUGAAUGUAUAUUUUGUAUGGUUUUCUUAUUAUCAUAUAACUUUAUUAUCAUAUAGACUUAGUAUUAUUAUAUUAAUAUUUUAAACAAUCAUUUCUGCAGCUGCCCCUUGUGUUAAAUGGAUCAUUCAGUGUUAGUCUGAACACACGUGAUGAAUUACACAUCUCAAGAUAGACGAGCGGAGUAAUAAUAAACGGUACUUUGUAUAAUGAAAUAAAACUUUUUCAAAUGCAUCACCAGCUAGCAUGCCAACAAAUGUAUGUUGAUAUUGUGAACAACCGUGAUCUCUAUGAAUAAAAUGGUUCUUUGUCGUUGCCAGUUUCUGCUUUGUCUUUGUUGCUCCAUCAAUAUU